AUGAUGAAAAUGAGAUUAUUUGUAGCAUUCGAGUGGAAUCGUUCAAUAACGCGUUCGCGAAACUGCGGGCAUUAUUGCCCACAUUGCCUGUCAACAAGAAAUUAUCAAAAAUUGAGAUUCUUCGGCUUUCAAUUUCUUAUAUCUCACACGGAAAUUAUGAUUAAAAGAAAGAAAAAUAGACAGUGAGU